AUGUUAAAUGCUGAAACCAAAUCCCUAAAUAACUUUCCACCUCUAUAUAAUUUUGAUGAUUACGAUGCCUGUCUCAAUAGUAAAACUUCAAGAUUUGAAUCCACCUACUGUAUGGUUUAUGCCGAAAUACGACCACAAAACUCUUCCAAAUUAUGGCGACAAGUUUUCCAACACAAUAAUGAAUAUAAAUUCCAUUAUAGACGUGAUCGUCUAUUCUUUGGAGUUUGUAUGGAACGUUGUAAAAACUAUCCCAAGUUGUUGGAUAAUAAUUAUCAAUAUAAUGAUAGUAGACUGGCAAAUAAGAUUACAGAAUUCUUUGAUGUGAUCCAUAAACGUCCACUUGAUCUGCAAAUGCGUUCUGAAUAUCAUGAAUUGGUACAUAACUGUUUAAAUUCAGAAUUUUACGACAAAUAUGGUGCAGAUUUAAGAACCUACAUUGAGUAUUGUGAAAGAUCUGAAGAAACCAUUGAAAAAGAUACGCUGGAGAAGGUUUUUUACAAAUUGCUACAAAUAAUUUUAAUUCUAAAUAUUUUAUCUACUCUUUACGACUCCUGUUUGAAGAGACGACAACCGGUUGAGCUUCAAAAUGAGGAUUAUUAUAAAGUGAAUCCUCAACAGCCAGUCUCUACCCUCUUAACAGCAUUUUCAAUACGACGCAACUAUUAUCGUCUCGUCGAACCAUCCACUAGUCAACUGAGCAUGGAUCUUAGUUAUUUAGAUGGAAUACGUUCAGUUUGUGUCAUUUUUAUAAUAACAGGACAUGCAUACUUUAUUCAAUAUCAUCAUGUGAAAAAUUCGGAAAUUUUUGAAGAAUUUGCCAAAAGUCCCAUACAUUUGUGGCUAACGAAUGGUACCAUAUUAUUGGAAUUAUUUCAUAUUCUAAGCGGUAUGAUGUUGUAUCUUAAAUUUACGCAAUUUUUUAAAAUCACUUCUCAGUCAAGUGGCCGAUAUUGUUUAAAGGCUUUCGGUAAAGUAAUGAUGUUUCGUUUUAUUAGGUUUCUUCCCUCAUUGGUGUUAUUUAUAUUAGUAAAUGCUACUUUUUUUACUCGUCUACAAGAUGGUCCAUUUUGGCGUCAUUUAAGCGAACCGGCUCGCAUAUUUAGUCGUGAAAAAUGGUGGAAAAACUUAUUUAUUAUUGAUAAUAUCUCAGAAAGUGGAUUUGCUCAUACCUGGUAUUUAACAUCCGAUUGGCAAAUAUUCGCUUUUUAUGUUUGUGUGCUGAUCAUAAUACACAAGUAA